AUGUCAAGUGAAUCAAAUCAGAUUGAGGCAUAAUAACUCCCACCCAUUAAGUAGCAAUAGUAACCAAGACCUGUGCCAUUGCCUACCUUCAAUCAAUCAUUGUUUGAAAGAGAGGACACUGAUUACAUGACAUUUAUUAAAAACGACAGCAAUGUUCAAAACUUCUAUAGCAAAAUUCUUAAGAAAAAAAUCAAGAAAUUAGGUAAAAUUUAAGCAGAGAACGAGUAGAUGAAGUAGUUGAGUAUGGGUUUCCAAACAUUUGACUCUAGAAAUUUGGCAACUUCCAUAACAAAUUAUGAUAAGUCCACAAAUAAUACAACUGAUCUGAGCAAAACAAAAGAAGUAAGAAAGUUAGAGUUGAAAAUGAAUAGGUAAGACUCUCUAAGUAAGACGUUUAUUGAGCCUCCUAGAACAAAACUUGGGUAGCUUGAAUUAUAAUAGCCAGGUUCUUCUCCUUUUAGAAAGAAAAACUUACUAUCAACAUUAGACUUCAAAGAUCUCAACAUAGAAAAGCCUGACUCCAAAACUUUAGCUAUCAGGGGCAAGAGUUAAGCUAAGCAGAAUGUACAAUCUAAGAACAAGGAAAAGAAGCAUCAGUAAUUAAGAUUAAAUGUUCAGAGUAGAAACGGAUAGAAAGAUAGGAUUAGCACUUAGUACAAGAAAUUCAAGGUUGAAAAAGAUUCUGAUUAGGAAGAGGAGAGCUACAGAUUUGAUAAUGAGAGAAAGUACUAGAGUUUAGUAGUUGAAAGAAGGAAAGUCAACUUUUCAGAGAUACAGAGCAAAUUCACAGACAACAAGAAGCUCAGGAAUCCAAUGAGGGAGUAUAAAGUGUCUUUAUAGGAUAAGAUAACACUCAAAAGAAUGAAGGAAAAUAGUAGGCUUCCAAUACCUGAAGAACUCCUAAAUGAAAGCCAAGGAUAUAUUCCACUGAUAGACUCUCUGAUGAAUAGUGUCUAUGAUAGUGAUGAAAACGAUAAAUGGAGAAAUUAUAGACCAGAAAUUGAUGCUCCAAGAGCCAGUUAGUGCUCUGAUGAGAUAUAUCUAAUAGACUCAGAAGUUGAAUCAAUGAAAGAUCUUUAAAUAGAUGACUAAAAGGAAAUCGAUGCUAAAUAAGUAACAUAGGUAACUCUUUAAAGAAGUAAAGCAGUUACAAAGCAAAAUACAAGUUCGAAAGAUGUUGAGAAAGCAGUUGAAGAAUUAUAAAUUAUCAACAAAAACAAAGUAUUCCCUGAGAGAAUGGAAGUGGCAGGAUUACCGUUGUAUGUCGUAAGAGGCAACACAUUACAAGAUAUUGUUACUUAAUCGAAUCAAGUAGUGGAGGAGUACUUUUAGAUACUUAACAAAACUAGCAGCCAGGAGAAAAUUACAACAACUCUAAGAAUUGAUUAGCUUUAACAAAUAUUUGAGUAUUACUGCACUGAGUUUUAAGCGCAACCGAUCAAUUUGACAUCAUUUUAUAAAGAACAAGAUAAGAUCCUAGAGAUUAGAAAUUAUUUUUUGAACGAAAGUUUAGUGAGAGCUAUUGCUUGUACUAUUCCAGUAAUAAUUGCUUUUGACAAUUUUAGUUUAUUACCGAUUUAUAAGGAUUGA